AUGUCUCCAGAUGGCGAAUCGACAGAGGCUCGGCCAGUGAAUGGCGUGAACGGCAGCGGCGAGCACGCGAAUGGUACAGCCAAGGCGAACGGAACGGCGAAUGGAGCGAAUGGCAAUGUGAACGGUAAUGGAGCAGCCAACAGCGAGGAGAUUCCUGAAGAUGCGCCGGAGCACUGUCCUGGCCCUUCCUCCGAACAAGCAGGCAAGGCGGACGCCUGCGACGGCUGCCCGAAUCAGGCGAUCUGUGCUGAGGGACCCAAGGGUCCCGACCCCGACCUCCCAGCCAUCCGGGAGCGUAUGGCCGGCGUGCGACGCAAGAUUCUCGUCCUGUCCGGCAAGGGUGGUGUGGGAAAGAGCACUUUCACUGCUGCCUUGGGAUGGGCGCUGGCGGCAGAUCCCGACCUCCAAACGGGCCUGAUGGACGUGGACAUCUGCGGACCCUCGAUCCCCCUCCUGACGGGCUUGGAGAAGGCGACAAUCCACACCUCGGCCGAGGGCUGGUCUCCAGCUUACGCAGCCGACAACCUCGCCGUCAUGUCUAUUGGGUUCCUCCUCCCCUCGCGGGCAGACGCUGUGAUCUGGCGCGGGCCCAGGAAGAACGGCCUCAUCAAGCAGUUCCUCAAGGACGUAUCGUGGGGCGAGCUGGACUAUUUGGUCGUUGACACGCCGCCCGGCACGUCGGACGAACACCUUAGUGUUGUUCAAUAUCUCGCUGAGAGUGGAGUAGACGGGGCGGUGCUCGUUACGACGCCACAAGAAGUUGCGCUCCAGGACGUGCGCAAGGAGCUCGAUUUCUGCCACAAGGUCGGGCUGCCUGUUCUAGGGCUCGUGGAGAACAUGAGCGGAUUUGUUUGUCCCAAAUGUCAUGGCGAGUCGGACAUUUUCGUCGCGACGACAGGAGGCGCCGAAGCCAUGGGCAAGGAACUUGGCAUCGAGGUCCUCGGAAAGGUGCCGCUCGAUCCCAGGAUCGGCGCACUGUGCGACCAGGGAGAGAGCUUCCUCGAUGCGUACCCCGACAGUCCGGCGACGACUGCGUACCUCGACAUUGUGCAGCGUAUCCGGGAGAAGCUGGGGGAUGCGUAG